AUGGCGGAUAUAGAUAAACUCAACAUCGACAGCAUCAUCCAACGGCUGCUGGAAGUGAGAGGGUCCAAACCUGGUAAGAAUGUCCAGCUACAAGAGAAUGAAAUCAGAGGACUGUGCUUAAAGUCCCGAGAGAUCUUUCUCAGUCAGCCUAUCCUACUCGAACUUGAAGCACCACUCAAAAUAUGUGGUGAUAUCCAUGGGCAAUACUAUGAUUUGCUUCGACUUUUUGAAUACGGUGGUUUCCCGCCAGAAAGCAAUUACCUGUUUCUUGGGGACUAUGUGGACAGGGGAAAACAGUCAUUGGAAACUAUCUGCCUUUUAUUGGCUUACAAAAUCAAAUAUCCCGAGAAUUUUUUUCUUCUCAGAGGAAACCACGAAUGUGCCAGCAUCAAUAGAAUUUAUGGAUUUUAUGAUGAAUGUAAAAGAAGAUAUAACAUUAAACUAUGGAAAACUUUCACAGACUGCUUUAACUGUUUACCGAUAGCAGCCAUCGUGGAUGAGAAAAUAUUCUGCUGUCAUGGAGGUUUAUCACCAGAUCUUCAAUCUAUGGAGCAGAUUCGGCGAAUUAUGCGACCAACUGAUGUACCAGAUCAAGGUCUUCUUUGUGAUCUUUUGUGGUCUGACCCCGAUAAAGAUGUCUUAGGCUGGGGUGAAAAUGACAGAGGAGUGUCCUUCACAUUUGGUGCAGAAGUGGUUGCAAAAUUUCUCCAUAAGCAUGAUUUGGAUCUUAUAUGUAGAGCCCAUCAGGUGGUUGAAGAUGGAUAUGAAUUUUUUGCAAAGAGGCAGUUGGUCACUCUGUUUUCUGCGCCCAAUUAUUGUGGAGAGUUUGACAAUGCAGGUGCCAUGAUGAGUGUGGACGAAACACUAAUGUGUUCUUUUCAGAUUUUAAAGCCUGCAGAGAAAAAGAAGCCGAAUGCCACGAGACCUGUAACACCUCCAAGGGGUAUGAUCACAAAGCAAGCAAAGAAAUAGAUGUCAUUUUGACAUUGCCUAGUUGGGACUUGUAACAUAUAGUGUAUAACCUUCAUUUUUAAAACUGUAAUGUGUAUUGGUCAGCUUGCUCAAAUAGUGUUUGUGGGGCCCCCCAGUUCCAUUUUGACUUAAUGAAUGGUAUUUGCUGGUUGUAACAGCAAAUGAGAGACUCUCCCAAGGAAAAAUGUUUUGUUUAAUUCUCUGUUCUUUUACAAACAACUUUUAAUGAUGGUGUUAAAGCUGUACACCCCAGGAGAGUUUAUCCUGUCUUGGGGAGUGAGUGUACAUUUGAUCUUUUUUUAAUUCAGUACA